AUGAGUUUUGUGGAGUAUUCAGAGUUUAUCCAGGAGGGUGAUGUUGCAAUUAUCUUCCUGGGGCAUGACUCAAUGAUGCCAGUCAAGGUGCAGCAGGGUGCCCAAACACAAACACGCUACGGAGUCGUCCGCCACUCGAAAGACCUGAUAGGCCAGCGCUUUGGCACAAAGGUCACCUGUAGCAAAGGUGGCUGGGUCUAUGUGCUGCACCCCACCCCUGAGUUGUGGACCCUCAUCCUGCCCCACCGCACCCAGAUCCUCUACACAACAGACAUUGCCAACAUCACCAUGAUGCUGGAGCUGAAGCCUGGCUCUGUCGUCUGUGAAUCAGGUGAGACCUGCUGAAUCAGCCAAAACCUGCUGUUUUCCAACUAUAUGUAUGCUACUUUAUCUGAGGACAUGAGUCAUUUGAAUCUUUCCCAAACUUCACCCAUUGCACUGAAUAGUUGAUUAGCGAACUCAUACAGUAGAAAGGAUUGCCUGUUUCAUGUUCCCUGUAGGAGAGGGACACAGAUAAUGAGAGAAGAUCUGGAGGAGGAAUUUGUCAUAGAGUAGUGGUAAACCACUCAAAAACAAACAGCUAAAUGUGACGCCAAUUAUUCUUCGAACAGAGAGGUCAUUAAGCGAAAGCUCCCACUCAAGAGCCGAGGGAAGUGGUGGGGACAUCACACUUAGCUUUUGGUGACGCACGCCAAGUUGUCAUGAUUACAAUAGUUGAAAAAAGACAUUGUCUGUUUUCAUUGGGUCACACGUCACAUAUUUACCUUGAGGCCUGUUGAAAUUACGCUCUUUCUUUUAAAGCAGAGAGAAACCUUGUUGGGGUUUUACAUCCCAUGUCUUCGACUUAGGUUGCUUACAGGUAUCAAAUCCUACUUCGACAUUCAUUAUUAACCUAUUCAGUUAAGCAGUCAGUUAUUUAUGUUAAUGACCUGAACUAGACUUGAAAUGGAACACCACAGUAGUACCAUCUAGAAAUCUUCCCCCAGUAAGGAGUGUCCACUGGUUGAAUUCAAUGCAGAAGUAAAGUGAUUGUGUGUGGGUGGUUAAUGGAUGGUGACGCAGUCUGGGCUGAGUACGUGUCUGGCUAGGAAGGUCUGGGGGCAGACGGCUGCUCUUGCCGCAGUGCUUCAUCAUGUUUAACUGCUGUGCUGUUCCUUCCUUCCCAGUCCACGGGUUAUAGAUGGAACACCAGUAAAUGUGUGAAAACUCCCAGACGGCAUAUCGAUGAACAAAACUGCUUGGUCAGCCCCUGGCAUAAUGGGGAGCUGCAACAUGUCUGCAGUGUUGUCACGUUUCUCAGCCUUUUCAUGUGGGUGUUUACUCCGCUUUGAAAAAGGUCUGGCUCCAAAACAUACACACAGGGGGCAAAAAGCUGAGGCAUUACUACAAUGCACCAUUGCAUGCGGAGUCAUUUUUGUUGGUUGGUUUUGAACUGGUGUAAUAUAAUGUAGCCUAAUUGAGUGAUGAAAGACCCCCAAUGUACCAACCUGUCAUGUGGACCACCUUCCCUCUCAUUAGAUUUCAUUAUGUGUUUUUGGCAUUGAAACCAUGUUUCACUCUGUAGAAAAUAAAUACUUAUUGGAUGUCUGGUCAGAUGUCAUUCCUAAAUGUUGAUCAUACUGACUGACAAGACUAUGAAAGCUUAUCAACUGAUUAGAUGUAGAAUCUACUUUAUUACCUGCUAAUACAUGAACACUGGAUAACGACAAUAAGCCUAUCUAAGCGUUACUCGUCCACUGCCCCAUAAUCUCAGGGGUGACUUAUAUUUUGUGUCCUGAGAGUGACUUUGGGAAUGAGCUAUGUAAACAGGCAGUGAUUAUCAGUUGGCUGUUCUGAGCACACCAUGUGUUAUAGGGGGAAUGCACAGUCACUUAGAGGAGUCAUCUAGAUUGCGCUGAAGGUCGCCAUUAUAGCCCCAGCCCUAGCACAAGGUCUCAUGUUCUGCUGCUUCUCAUGUCAUUGUUUAAUUUCUUCUUUCUUCUCUGACCAGGCUCCAUCCUGUUGCCAGGAAUAGAUUAGAACUCUUGAUAGGAGUCCCAGGUCUGGGGUGUUUUUAUCAAUGCUGGCCUUAUGGGAAAGCUAAUGGGUGCUCACUGCUCAGAGCCUCUGAAGAAGAUGCCAAAUGCAGCCUUCUUGUUACCCAAUCAGGUGGCACCCUCAUGGUGGGCAUGGGCUGAGUGCCAGUGCUUAUGGCCAUUUUGUAAGAUGGGGAGAGACUUUGGGCUCUUGUCCUGCCGCUCAUCCUCCUCAGGCAGCAGAAAUGUGCAAUGUCUCUUACAUUUACAUUUUAGUCAUUUAGCAGAUGCUUUAUCCAGAGCGACUUAGUUAGUGCAUUCAUCUUAAGAUAGCUAGGUGGGACACCCACAUCACAGGCAUAGUAAGUACAUUUUUCCUCAAUAAAGUAGCUAUCAGCAAAGACAUGGUCAAGUUAAAGUGUUGGUUCAGGAAUGUUUUUUGGGGGGAUUAUUUAAGAAACUCUUUGAAGAGGUAGGGUUUCAGGUGCUUUCUGAAGAUGGUCAGGGACUGUGCUGUCCUGGCUUCAGGGGGAAGCUGGGUCCACAUUGGGGUCCCAGGACAGAGAAGAGCUUGGUCUGGGCUGUGCGGGAGCUGCCAUCCCAUAGGACCAGUGGUGGCAGAAUGGUGUGCUCGGUUGGGGUGUAGGGUUUGAGCAUAGCCUGAAGGUAGGAAGGGGCAGUUCCUCUUGCUGCUCCGUAGGCAAGCACAAUGGUCUUGUAGUGGAUGCGAGCUUCAACUGGAAGCCAGUGAAGUGUGCAGAGGAGCGGGGUGACAUGGGAGAACUUGGGAAGGUAGAAAACCAGGCUGGCUGCAGCAUUCUGGAUAAGUUGCAGGGGGUUGAUGGCACAAGCGGGGAGCCCAGCCAACAGCGAGUUGCAGUAGUCGAGAUGGGAGAUGACAAGUAACUGGACAGUCAAGUUCACACAUUAGCAAACCAUACUCACAGAUGGUGCUCUAUCCCUCAGUCUUGUCCUCUUUCGCUCUCAUUCAGUCUUUGUCUCUGGCUCUCACAUGGCAGGCUUAUUAAAUGAACAAGGCCGCUCUCGUAACCACUGGAAGAUGAAAAUGGCAUGUCCUCAGUGCACGCCAUGCUUAAAAUUUGCAGAACAAAUAGGCCUUCACAUGUACUUUGUGAAGAAUGUUCCUGCUUGGUAGUACAAUGGAAGGUGACUGGAUGUUUUAGAUACUUGCGAUUUGAAGCUGUCACCUUAGUGCGUAAGGAUUGUCGUAGUACAACAUCACACACUUGAAUAGGAUUUGAGCAGAGUUGUGAAUGAAAUUAGGCAGUAAACUACACUGAACAAAAAUAUAAACACAACAUGUAAAGUGUUUGUCCCAUGUUUCAUGAGCUGAAAUAAAAUAUCCUUAAAAUGUUCCAUACACACACAAAGCUUAUUUCUCUCAAAUGUUGUGCACAAAUUUGUUUACAACCCUGUUAGUGAGCAUUUCUCCUUUGCCAAGAUAAUCCAUCCACCUGACAGGUGUGGCAUAUCAAGAAGCUGAUUAAACAGCAUGAUCAUUACACAGGUGCACCUUGUGCUGUGGACAAUAAAAGGCCACUCUAAAAUGUGCAGUUUUGUCACACAACACAAUGCCACAGAUGUCUCAAGUUUUCAGGGAGCGUGCAAUUGGCAUGCUGAUUGCAGGAAUGUCCACCAGAGCAGUUGCCAGAGAAUUGAAUGUUAAUUUCUCUAAGCCGCCUCGUAAUUUGGCAGUACGUCCAACUGGCCCCACAACCGCAGACCACGUGUAUGGCGUCAGGUGGACGAGCGGUUUGCUGAUGUCAACGAUUUGAACCGAGUGCCCCAUGGUGGGGUUAUGGUAUGGGCAGGCAUACAGUGCAUUCGGAAAGUAUUCAGACCCCUUGACUUUUUCCACAUUUUGUUAUAUUACAGCCUUAUUCUAAAAUUGAUGAAAUUGGUUUUUUCCCCCUCAUCAAUCUACACACUACCCCAUAAUGACAAAGCAAAAACAGUUUUUUAAAGAAAUUUUUGCAAAUUAUAAAAUAAAAUAAAAGCUAUCACAUUUACUUAAGUAUUCAGACCCAUUACUAAGUACUUUGUUGAAGCACCUUUGGCAGCGAUUACAGCCUCGAGUCUUCUUUGGUAUGAUGCUACAAGCUUGGCACACCUGUAUUUGGGGAGUUUCUCCCAUUAUUCUCUGCAGAUCCUCUCAAGCUCUGUCAGGUUGGAUGGGGAGCGUCGCUGCACAACUAUUUUCAGGUCUCUCCAGAGAUGUUCGAUCGGGUUCAAGUCCGGGCUCUGGCUGGGCCACUCAAGGACAUUGAGACUUGUCCCGAAGCCACUCCUGAAUUGUCUUGUCUGUGUUAUUAAGGUUGUUGUCCUGUUGGAUUGGGAACCUUCGCUCCAGUCUGAGGUCCUGAGCGCUCUGGAGCAGGUUUUCAUCAACCAUCUCUCUGUACUUUGCUCCGUUCAUCUUUCCCUCAAUCCUGACUAGUCUCCCAGUCCCUGCCGCUAAAGAACAUCCACACAGCAUGAUGCUGCCACCACGCUUCACCGUAGGGAUGGUGCCAGGUUUCUUCCAGACGUGAUGCUUGGCAUUCAGGCCAAAGAGUUCGAUCUUGGUAUCAUCAGAGAAUCUUGUUUCUCAUGGUCUGAGAUUCCUUUAGGUGCCUUUUGGCAAACUCCAAGUGGGCUGUCUUGUGCCUUUUACUGAGGAGUGGCUUCUGUCUGGCCACUCUACCAUAAAGGCCUGAUUGGUGUAGUGCUGCAGAGAUGGUUGUCCUUCUGGAAGGUUCUCCCAUCUCCACAGAGGAACUCUGGAGCUCUGUCAGUGACCAUCGGGUUCUUGGUCACCUCUCUGACCAAGGCCCUUCUCCCCCGAUUGCUCAGUUUGGCCGGGCAGCCAGCUCUAAGAAGAGUCUUAGUGGUUCCAAACUUCUUCCAUUGAAGAAUGAUGGAGGCCACUGUGUUCUUGGGGACCUUCAAUUCUGCAGACAUUUUUUGGUACCCUUCCCCAGAUCUGUGCCUCGACACAAUUCUGUCUCGGAGCUCUACGAACAAUUCCUUCGACCUCAUGGCUUGUUUUUUUCUCUGAGGUGCACUGUCAACUGUGGGACCUUAUAUAGACAGGUGUGUGCCUUUCCAAAUCAUGUCCAAUCAAUUGAAUUUACCACAGGUGGACUCCAAUCAAGUUGUAGAAACAUCUCAAGGAUGAUCAAUGGAAACAGGAUGCACCUGAGCUCAAUUUCAAGUCUCAUAGCAAAGGGUCUGAAUGACUCGCAAUUAAAUGGCUCAGACACGAGACGUAUGUGACAGGGUCUACAGACAAUCACGGACUACAAAAGGAAAACCAGCCACGCCGCGGACACCGACGUCUUGCUCCCGGACAAGCUAAACACCUUCACCCGCUUUGAGGAUAAUGCAGUGCCACCGACGCAGCCCGCUACCAAAGACUCUGGGCUCUCCUCCUCCAUGGCCGACGUGAGUAAGACAUUUAAGCGUGUUAACCCUCGCAAGGCUGCUGGCCCAGAUGGCAUACCUAGCCGUGUCCUCAGAGCAUGCGCAGACCAGCUGGCUGGUGUGUUUACGGACAUAUUCAAUCUCUCCCUAUCCCAGUCUGCUGUCCCCACAUGCUUCAAGAUGGCCACCAUUGUCCCUGUACCCAAGAAAGCAAAGGUAACUGAACUAAAUGACUAUCGCCCGUAGCACUCACCUCUGUCAUCAUGAAGUGCUUUGAGAGACUAGUCAAGGAUCAUAUCACCUCUACCUUACCUGCCACCCUAGACCCACUUCAAUUUUCUUACUGCCCCAAUAGAUCCACAGAUGAUGCAAUCGCCAUCACACUGCACACUGCCCUAUCCCAUCUGGACAAGAUGAAUACCUAUGUAAGAAUGCUGUUCAUUGACUAUAUCUCAGCAUUCAACACCAUAGUACCCUCCAAGCUCAUCAUUAAGCUUGAGGCCCUGGGUCUGAACCCCGCCCUGUGCAACUGGGUCCUGGACUUCCUGACGGGCUGAUCCUCAACACUUGGGCCCCACAAGGGUGCAUGCUCAGCCGCCUCCUGUACUCCCUGUUCACCCAUGACUGCAUGGCCAAGCAUGCCUCCAACUCAAUCAUCAAGUUUGCAGACGACACAACAGUAGUAGGCUUGAUUACCAACAAUGAUGAAACAGCCUACAGGGAGGAGGUGAGGGCUCUGGGAGUGUGGUGCCAGGAAAAUAACCUCUCACUCAACGUCAACAAAACAAAAGAGAUGAUCGUGGACUUCAGGAAACAGCAGAGGGAACACCCCCCUAUCCACAUCGAUGGGACCGCAGUGGGGAAGGUGGAAAGCUUCAAGUUCCUCAGCGUACACAUCACUGACAAAUUGAAAUGGUCCACCCACACAGACAGUGUGGUGAAGAAGGCGCAACAGCACCUCUUCAACCUCAGGAGGCUGAAGAAAUUCGACUUGGCACCUAAAACCCUCACAAACUUUUACAGAUGUACAAUUGAGAGCAUCUUGUCGGGCUGUAUCACCUCCUGGUACGGCAACUGCACUGCCCGCAACCGCAGGGCCCUCCAAAGGGUGGUGCGGUCUGCCCAACACAUCACCGGGGGCAAACUACCAGGACACCUACAUCACCUGAUGUCACAGGAAGGCCAAAAAGAUCAAGAACAACAACCAGCCGAGCCACUGCCUGUUCACCCUGCUAUCAUCCAGAAGGCGAGGUCAGUACAGAUGCAUCAAAGCUGGGACCGAGAGACUGAAAAACAGCUUCUAUCUCAAGGCCAUCAGACUGUUAAAUAGCCAUCACUAGCCCAUUAGAGGCUGCUGCCUAUAUACAUAGAUUAGAAAUCACUAGCCACUUUAAUAAAUGGAACAAUAGUCACUUUAAUGUUUACAUAUCUUGCAUUACUCAUCUCAUAUGUAUAUACUGUAUUCUAUACUAUUCUACUUUAUCUUAGUCUAGCCUCUCUGUCUAUUUUUUUUAUAUUCUUAAUUCCAUUGCUUUACUUAGAUUUGUGUGUAUUGCAUAUACAGUGGGGAGAACAAGUAUUUGAUACACUGCCGAUUUUGCAGGUUUUCCUACUUACAAAGCAUGUAGAGGUCUGUAAUUUUUAUCAUAGGUACACUUCAACUGUGAGAGACGGAAUUUAAAACAAAAAUCCAGAAAAUCACAUUGUAUGAUUUUAAAGUAAUUAAUUUGCAUUUUAUUGCAUGACAUAAGUAUUUGAUACGUCAGAAAAACAGAACUUAAUAUUUGGUACAGAAACCUUUGUUUGCAAUUACAGAGAUCAUACGUUUCCUGUAGGUCUUGACCAGGUUUGCACACACUGCAGCAGGGAUUUUGGCCCACUCCUCCAUACAGACCUUCUCCAGAUCCUUCAGGUUUCGGGGCUGUCGCUGGGCAAUACGGACUAUCAGCUCCCUCCAAAGAUUUUCUAUUGGGUUCAGGUCUGGAGACUGGCUAGGCCUCUCCAGGACCUUGAGAUGCUUCUUACGGAGCCACUCCUUAGUUGCCCUGGCUGUGUGUUUCAGGUCGUUGUCAUGCUGGAAGACCCAGCCACGACCAAUCUUCAAUGCUCUUACUGAGGGAAGGAGGUUGUUGGCCAAGAUCUCGCGAUACAUGGCCCCAUCCAUCCUCCCCUCAAUACGGUGCAGUCGUCCUGUCCCCUUUGCAGAAAAGCAUCCCCAAAGAAUGAUGUUUCCACCUCCAUGCUUCACGGUUGGGAUGGUGUUCUUGGGGUUGUACUCAUCCUUCUUCUUCCUCCAAACACGGCGAGUGGAGUUUAGACCAAAAAGCUCUAUUUUUGUCUCAUCAGACCACAUGACCUUCUCCCAUUCCUCCUCUGGAUCAUCCAGAUGGUCAUUGGUAAACUUCAGACUGGCCUGGACAUGCGCUGGCUUGAGCAGGGGGACCUUGCGUGCGCUGCAGGAUUUUAAUCCAUGACGGCGUAGUGUGUUACUAAUGGUUUUCUUUGAGACUGUGGUCCCAGCUCUCUUCAGGUCAUUGACCAGGUCCUGCCAUGUAGUUCUGGGCUGAUCCUUCACCUUCCUCAUGAUCAUUGAUGCCCCACGAGGUGAGAUCUUGCAUGGAGCCCCAGACCGAGGUUGAUUGACCAUCAUCUUGAACUUCUUCUAUUUUCUAAUAAUUGGGCCAACAGAUGUUGUCUUCUCACCAAGCUGCUUGCCUAUUGUCCUGUAGCCCAUCCCAGCCUUGUGCAGGUCUACAAUUUUAUCCCUGAUGUCCUUACACAGCUCUCUGGUCUUGGCCAUUGUGGAGAGGUUGGAGUCUGUUUGAUUGAGUAUUUGGACAGGUGUCUUUUAUACAGGUAACGAGUUCAAACAGGUGCAGUUAAUACAGGUAAUGAGUGGAGAACAGGAGGGCUUCUUAAAGAAAAACUAACAGGUCUGUGAGAGCCGGAAUUCUUACUGGUUGGUAGGUGAUCAAAUACUUAUGUCAUGCAAUAAAAUGCAAAUUAAUUACUUAAAAAUCAUACAAUGUGAUUUUCUGGAUUUUUGUUUUAAAUUCCGUCUCUCACAGUUGAAGUGUACCUAUGAUAAAUAUUACAGACCUCUACAUGCUUUGUAAGUAGGAAAACCUGUAAAAUCGGCAGUGUAUCAAAUACUUGUUCUCCCCACUGUAUGUUGUGAAAUUGUUAGAUAUUACUUGUUAGAUAUUACUGCACUGUCGGAGCUAGAAACACAAGCAUUUUGCUACACCCGCAAUAUCUGCUAAACACGCGUAUGUGACCAAUAAGAUUUGAUUUGGAUAAGGUAUUUCUGUUUAGAUUUUUGUAUAAAUGUGCAAAAAUUUCUGAAAACCUGUUUUCACUUUGUCAUUAUGGGGUAUUGUGUGUAGAUUGAUGAGGGGAAAAAUGAACACAAUUGCAUUUUAUCGAUGGCAAUUUGAAUGCCCUGAGAUACGUGACGAGAUCCUGAGGCCCAUUCUUCUGCCAUUCAUCCGCCGCCAUCACCUCAUAUUUCAGCAUGAUAAUGCACGGCCCCAUCUGGCAAUGAUCUGUACACAGUUCCUGGAAGCUGAAAAUGUCCCAGUUCUUCCAUGGCCUGCAUACUCACCAGACAUGUCACCCAUUGAACAUGUUUGGGAUGAUCUGGAUCGUCGUGUACGACAGCGUGUUCUAGUUCCCGCCAAUAUCCAGCAAUUUCGCACAGCCAUUGAAGAGGAGUGGGACAACAUUCCACAGGCCACAAUCAACAGCCUGAUCAACUCUAUGCGAGGGAGAUGUCGCGCUGCAUGAGACAAAUGGUGGUCAUACCAGACACUGACUGGUUUUCUGAUCCACGCCCCUACCUUAAAAAAAUAUAUAUAUAUGUAUCUUUGACCAACAGAUGCAUAUCUUUAUUCCUAGUCAUGUGAAAUCCAUAGAUUAGGGCCUAAUACAUUUAUUUGAAUUGACUGAUUCCCUUAUAUGAACUGUAACUCAGUAAAAUCUUUUGAAAUUGUUGCAUGUUGCGUUUUAAAUGUUUGUUCAGUAUACAAAGCCUUGGAAAUGGCUUACCAUGCAGUAACACCCCACACACAGCAUCUCUACCCACACACAACAUCAUACUACAGUAGUAGUAUCCUUUCAUUUAGACCCUUCGUAUACAGUCUUUGUUUAGACCAGACACUUGUCAUCCAGUUGAAGGUCCAGGAGAGAGUCUAGUAGUAGUACAGCUCUCAACUCCUCUGCUGUGCCCCUGGCUCUGACGUCAGUCAUCCGCUUGGUCGACUGGCGUGGCGUUUAGCAUGUCAAUGUGCCGCUGUGGGGUAAACAUUGCCCCCAUUGUUGCCAUGAGAACAAAAGUAGCAGUGACGCAAUGUCAGGAGGGGGAGGAGGAAGGGGCAAUGUAACCCAUCGCCAUGUCCCCCUGCCCUGUCACAUGAUCACUUCAGAUGCGAUCAGACAACUGCGGUUAUUGUUGUGGUCAUAUGACACUCCAAGAUUUGAUUACUCUUUUGAUGCUCGCACAACUACACACACUGUACUACUGUACAUCAGACACGUUGAUUUGACUAUAAUGACAUGAGCAUGGAAGCAACUCUGUAUUGAUAUGUUUAAUACAUAUCAGUUGUUGUGAAAGCCCCAGUCGUCGUCUAUGACAGGAUUUCCCAAACUCAGUCCUGGCCUUUUGCCCUAGCACUACACAGCUGAUUCAAAUAAUCAAAGCUUGAUGAUGAGUUGGUUAUUUGAAUCAGCUGUGUAGUGCUAUGGCAAAAACCAAAACGUGCACCCAGGGGGGGCCCCAGGACUGAUUUUGGGAAACCCUGAUCUGACACCACCACUGCUACUAGUCUCUUAACCCAUUCCCUGUAUGUUUUGUUUGAAGGUACGGGCAGCGGCUCUCUGUCCCACGCCAUCCUGCGCACCAUCGCGCCAACGGGCCAUCUACACACUGUGGAGUUCCACCAGCAGCGUGCUGAGAAGGCGGCGGAGGAGUUCAGGGAGCACCGCGUAGACCACCUGGUCACCGUCCGUAACCAGGACGUCUGCAAGGAGGGCUUUGGAGUGACUGGGGUGGCAGACGCUGUCUUCCUGGACAUCCCCUCCCCCUGGGAGGCCAUCAGACAUGCCAAGAACGGCAUGAAGAGGCAGGGUAAGAAGGGGUAUGUGUGUGCAUGUGUAGAAUCAGCCAGGAACUUGGUCCAGAGAACGUCACUUUGGCUUGUCGACUCAGGAGUCCCAGCCAACCUUUGUUCUCUGGCUGUGCAGUGCAGUACACUCAGUGCCAUAUUGGAUAUUAAUCCGGGUCAGCAGAGCUCUCAUUAAAUGUGCCCUUGGCUCGGCUCACGUGUGUUCCUCUCUGUUUGUUACUUCCUUGUCACACAGAUGCAGAAUAACGUGACCUGAUUAAAGAGCAUGCAGUGGUCUCCAUGGAGUUCAGGACCCAUGUGAAGUGGGGACAGGCCUGGGCAGGUUGGCAGCUUAGUGGGGUGGUCAGUGUGUGUGUGUGUGUGCGUGCAUGCGUGACUGUGUGUAUGGGCUAAAGGUGGGACAUGUGUAGAAUACAUCACAGGGUUAUGAAGUAUUCACAUAGUGCCCUAGCCUAGUACAGUUACUUACUUGGGAUCGCUGGUUUAUAAACAGCUUUAUAAAAGAUUGAGUUUAUUUUUAUAAUCCCAAGGUGCAUAAACAGAUGGAAUGUGGGACAUGGACUAGUAACGGUGCAGAGAGACUCCAGCACCCUUUCCUACCUUCUCUCCCGUGUUAGACAUUUCAGAACUCCCUUUUAUGGUUUCGCAUCUGCAUUUUCCUCUCUAGCCAUCUGACUCCCCCUUACACACACAGCCACAAGCAAACAGACAGAUAUCUGGAUAUAGAAUCAGUCUCAUGACCAUAAAUGGUUAUGUGCUGCAGGGAGAGGUAGCUUGAGUCUCCUUUAGGCAAGGCACAAUUUAUUUCCUCUGUUCAGGGCUGAGACACUGGAGUCCGUCUCUCUCUCACACUCAUCUAGAGGACUGAACACUAUGGAGCCGUCUCUCUCAAUGCUUCAGCCAAGGGCAUCUAGCAGUUGACAUUUGACCAGUCAAUUAUACCGCCCCUGUGAGCUUCACAUGCUCCUGUACAGUCCUUGUGUAACCACUAAUAAAGGUGAAUUCCGUACAUUUUCCUUUCCCUGCUUUAGAUUUGGUCUAUAGUAUCUGAGAACUAGGGUAGGCCCCGUGUAGCUCAGUUGGUAGAGCAUGGCGCUUGCAACGCCAGGGUUGUGGGUUCGUUUCCCACGGGGGGCCAGUAUGAAAAAAUGUAUGCACUCACUAACUGUAAGUCGCUCUGGAAAAGAGCGUCUGCUAAAUGACUAAAAUGUAAAUGUAAAAUGUAAGGGAAAGAAUAUGGAGCAGUCUUUUUUCUUUAUUUCUUUCUCUCUGUAAUUAUUUUCAUUUUUUGGCCAGUGGCCUGCACCUUUUAUUUAGAGAAGCUGUGCUCAGAGGACCGUGGAUCCUGGCGCAGACCCUCCUGCCCCCUCCUCCUCUGGUUGCCAGGAGACAUGGGCCGAUUGGGGCUGUGUUUAGAGCUGUCCAGAGAGAAGAGCUGCUCUUAUUUGUUAAUGGAACGCCGUAAUCUGAAAGAUCCCAAGUGUCCAACACUAGACAUUGGCUGUGUCCGAAAUCUGGCUUGCCUACUACUUACUUAAACUGCGUACUAAUCGUACUACAUACUAUUUAGAACAUACUGUUUAGUAAAAUCGAAUGCAGUAAGUAAGGAAUAUCAGCAUACUAGGCUCAUCCUACUGAGAGUACGUCAUCUAAUGCACAAUUGCGUUGAUUCCCGCCAUUCGUUCAUUUUGGUACAGUGUGUCCCCUCAGCUGUUGUCAGGCAUACAUGGGUCUCGAAAGACAAUUCUCUUCCUCAAUAGUGUGCAGCGAAUUCUACUAGAUGAAAAGACGAAAAGAGUAUGACAUCCUGGCAUCUAAAGCAGAAUUUCACAUACGAUAAACAUUUAUUUUUUCGGAUAUCCAAAAUGCCUACUAUUUGUGAUGCAAGUAAGGGUAUUCGGACACGGCCACUGAUUUUUGUAAGGGCUUGUCUAAUAAGGCACAUCUUACUUUACUUCUACUUUGGAGUGUGUGUGCUUGGCACUUACUAGUAAAUGUCUGCUUGUGUUGCUUGUUUUCUUGCUGGACUCGUUAGGCUAAAAAGCCACCUCACUUUGUAGAUUUAACAAUCAAUUAUUCUCCCAGUGAGAUUUCUGCUUCUGUAAUAGGUGUAUGAUUUAGGCUACAUUGUUUACUCAGUAUGUCCAGGUUAAUGAAGAUCUUUUGGUAAGCUGCUCUCAUACCCUGCUGUGGUUCUGUGGAGCUUGUAUUUAGCAGAGAGAGGGAGAUCCUUUGCAGUUUGGAUGUUAGUUAAUUAUGUGUGUAGGCUGUUUCUCUGGAUACAUUAGCCCAGUGGAAACACAUGCAUAGUCUUGUGUGUUUGAUUCUACUCACUCGUACACGCAUUCUGAGAAGGAGGUAGACUAGAGAGGAGGUAUACUAGAGAGGAGGGGGAGGAAGACUAGAGAGGAGGUAUACUAGAGAGGAGGAGGAGGAGGAAGACUAGAGAGCAGCAGAGGAGGAGGUAGACUAGAGAGCAGGAGGAGGAGGAGGUAGACUAGAGAGCAGGAGGAGGAGGUAGACUAGAGGGGAGGAGGAGGAGGAGGUAGACUAGAGGGGAGGAGGAGGAGGAGGUAGACUAGAGAGCAGCAGGAGGAGGAGGUAGACUAGAGAGCAGGAGGAGGAGGUAGACUAGAGGGGGAGGAGGAGGAGGAGGUAGACUAGAGGGGAGGAGGAGGAGGAGGUAGACUAGAGAGCAGCAGGAGGAGGAGGUAGACUAGAGGGGAGGAGGAGGAGGAGGAGGAGGUAGACUAGAGAGGAGGAGGAGGAGGAGGUAGACUAGAGGGGAGGAGGAGGAGGUAGACUAGAGGGGAGGAGGAGGAGGAGGAGGAAGACUAGAGAGCAGCAGAGGAGGAGGUAGACUAGAGAGCAGGAGGAGGAGGUAGACUAGAGGGGAGGAGGAGGAGGAGGUAGACUAGAGAGCAGCAGGAGGAGGAGGUAGACUAGAGGGGAGGAGGAGGAGGUAGACUAGAGGGGAGGAGGAGGAGGAGGAGGAAGACUAGAGAGCAGCAGAGGAGGAGGUAGACUAGAGAGCAGGAGGAGGAGGUAGACUAGAGGGGAGGAGGAGGAGGAGGUAGACUAGAGAGCAGCAGGAGGAGGAGGUAGACUAGAGGGGAGGAGGAGGAGGAGGAGGUAGACUAGAGAGGAGGAGGAGGAGGAGGUAGACUAGAGGGGAGGAGGAGGAGGAGGUAGACUAGAGGGGAGGAGGAGGAGGAGGAGGAAGACUAGAGAGCAGCAGAGGAGGAGGUAGACUAGAGGGGAGGAGGAGGAGGAGGUAGACUAGAGGGGAGGAGGAGGAGGAGGUUAGACUAGAGGGGAGGAGGAGGAGGAGGUAGACUAGAGAGCAGCAGGAGGAGGAGGUAGACUAGAGGGGAGGAGGAGGAGGAGGUAGACUAGAGAGCAACAGGAGGAGGAGGUAGACUAGAGAGGAGGAGGAGGAGGAGGAGGUAGACUAGAGAGCAGGAGGUGGAAAGAGAAGGAGGAGGGAUAGAGAGCAGGAGGAGGUUAGAGACUAGAGAGGAAGGAGGUAGACUAGAGAGCAGGAGGAGGAGGGGUAGACUAGAGGGGAGGAGGAGGAGGAGGUAGACUAGAGAGGGAGGAGGUAGACUAGAGAGAGGGAGGAGGAGGAGGAGGAGGUAGACUAGAGAGCAGCAGGAGGAGGAGGUAUACUAGAGAGCAGCAGCAGGAGGAGGAGGUAGAGAUGAGGGGAGGAGGAGGAGAGAGGUUAGAUAGAGGGGAGGAGGAGGAGGAGGUAGACUAGAGGGGAGGAGGAGGAGGAGAAGGAGGAGGAGGAGGUAGGGCUAGAGGGAGGAGGAGGAGGAGGUUAGACUAGAGAGAGGAGGAGGAGGUAGACUAGAGAGCAGGAGGAGGAGGAGGUAGAUAGAGAGGAGGAGGAGGAGGGACUAUGAGAGCAGGAGGAGGAGGUAGACUAGAGAGGAGGAGGAGGUAGACUAGAGAGGAGGAGGAGGUAGACUAGAGAGCAGGAGGAGGAGGAGGUAGACUAGAGAGCAGGAGGAGGAGGUAGACUAGAGAGCAGGAGGAGGAGGUAGACUAGAGAGCAGGAGGAAGAAGGUAGACUAGAGAGCAGGAGGAGGAGGUAGACUAGAGAGCAGGAGGAGGAGGUAGACUAGAGAGCAGGAGGAGGAGGUAGACUAGAGAGCAGGAGGAAGAAGGUAGACUAGAGAGCAGGAGGAGGAGGUAGACUAGAGAGCAGGAGGAGGAGGUAGACUAGAGGGGAGGAGGUAGACUAGAGAGGAGGAGGAGGUAGACUAGAGAGGAGGAGGAGGUAGACUAGAGAGCAGCAGGAGGAGGAGGUAGACUAGAGAGGAGGAGGAGGAGGAGGUAGACUAGAGAGGAGGAGGAGGUAGACUAGAGAGGAGGAGGAGGAGGAGGAGGAGGUAGACUAGAGAGCAGCAGGAGGAGGAGGUAUACUAGAGAGGAGGAGGAGGUAGACUAGAGAGCAGCAGCAGGAGGAGGAGGUAGACUAGAGGGGAGGAGGAGGAGGAGGUAGACUAGAGGGGAGGAGGAGGAGGAGGUAGACUAGAGGGGAGGAGGAGGAGGUAGACUAGAGAGCAGGAGGAGGAGGUAGACUAGAGGGGAGGAGGAGGAGGAGGUAGACUAGAGAGGAGGAGGAGGUAGACUAGAGAGCAGGAGGAGGAGGAGGUAGACUAGAGAGGAGGAGGAGGUAGACUAGAGAGCAGGAGGAGGAGGUAGACUAGAGAGGAGGAGGAGGUAGACUAGAGAGGAGGAGGAGGUAGACUAGAGAGCAGGAGGAGGAGGUAGACUAGAGGGGAGGAGGAGGAGGAGGUAGACUAGAGAGGAGGAGGAGGUAGACUAGAGAGCAGGAGGAGGAGGAGGUAGACUAGAGAGCAGGAAGAGGAGGAGGAGACGAUCCUGGGUUAAGUGGAUCUGCUGUGAUCCUGGUAAACUAAACUAAUGAGUGGCAGGGCUGUCCCUCUCUCCCACUGCACCCCGUUCUAGUCCUGCUCCAACCCCUUUACUCCGUCUGUCCCUACACAACCCUCUGUUAACCUGAUUAGGCCUUGCCAUGCAGAACACACAACGUCCCUGUUUUAUGAUGAGGACACUUGACAAUUGACUUCCUGAUAAUCUCAGGGCUGCUCAGACUGUUCUUUGUGCGCUGAUUCUCUACACUCUGGGUGCUUGUUUUGUCACAUAAACUGAAAUUAGGCAAACUAUUAGAAUUUUAGCAACCAGGAAUUGGCGGAGCAAUUUCUGCAUAUUGCACCUUUAACUCAUCUCUAUCGGCUGGCCUACCCUUCCUUGAAGACUUUGUUGCUUUUAUGAGAUAAAAUGGAAUAUAUUAUUUAAUGCCCUUUGAAAUUAUUUUUGUGUUACUGACCUCUGCCUUGGUCAGUGUGCAAGGCUGCCUGGCCCCAGAGAUGUUUUGACUAGCUAGUUGUCGAAUGCCUUGAACAAUAGCUCUCACACACUCUCUGGAUUCGUGUUGUCGACAACCUGAUCACCACUAGCUCCACAUCUUCUGUUUCUCUCAAUCAACCACUGGUCAACAAGGGUCAUCACCAUAGCAACUACAAUGACUCUUGGCAACCAGUGGAACAUUUCCAUGUGUUCUUCUUUUACUAAACACUGGUCAUGUGUAUAGCAUUUUACUCCUUGCUUUUAAAAUGGUUGACUUGCUUCUUCGGUGUUCAACAUAACACACUAACAAUGAGAUGUUUAUGAUUAAGCCAAUAUCUCAUUGUUGUGGAUGUCCAAAAAUCUUUGGCUUUGUAAAUCUCAUGACGUGUUUGAUCUCAGCAUUGGAAUCCAAUUCACCAGCCAAGUCUGUCUAAACCUGUCUUCUGAAUCAUAAUCUGCCUCUUAAAGGUGGCUAGAGGAGUCUCCAAAAUCUCCAUUAGGGAUGAAUAAACCAAACUCUGGAAGUUUACAUAGAAACUGCCAAAAGUAAAGUGUGUGAGAUUCAAACAGAAUAACUGACUCAUGUUUGCUGUCCUUUUCUGCCCUUAUUUUCCUUCUCUCUGUCUCCAUCCUGUUAUCUCCCCAUCUCCUUCUGUCCCCACCCCUUUCUCUCUCUCUGUCUCAAUCUGAUUUCCCCAUUCCUUUGUCCCACCCUUUCCCUCUCUCUGUCUCCAUCCUGUUAUCUCCCCAUCUCCUUCUGUCCCCACCCCUUUCUAUCUCUGUACAUCUGUAUUAUCCCCUUCUCUGUCCCACCCCUUUCCAUCUCGUGUCCAUCUGUUAUCUCCCCAUCUCCCUUUCCAUCCGUAUCUCCCAUCUCCUUCUGUCCCACCCUGUUCUCUCUCUGUCUCAUCCUGAUUCCCAAUCUUCUGUCCCCCAUUUCUCUCUCUCUGUCCAUUCUGUUAUCGCCCAUCUCUCUGUCCACCCCUUCUUCUCUGUCUCCAUCCUGUUAUCUCCCCGUUUUCCUUCUGUCCCACCCCUUUUAUCUUCUGUCUCCAUCCUGUUAUUCCCAUCUCCUUCUGUCCCACCCUUUCUACUCUAUGUCUCCAUCUGUUAUCCCCCUUCAUUCUGUCCCCACCCUUUUUCCCCCUCUCUGUCUCCAUCUGUUAUCUCCCAUCUCAUUCGUCCCCACCCUUUCCCUCUCUCUGUCUCCAUCUGUUAUCUCCCAUCUCUUCUGUCUCCAUCCUGUUUUCCCAUCUCCUUCUGUCCCCACCCCUUUUCUCUCUCUGUCUCCAUCUGUUAUCUCCCCAUCUCCUUUGUCCCCACCCCUUUCUCUCUCGUCUCCAUCCUGAUAUUCCCCAUCUCCUUCUGUCCCCACCCUUUCUCUCUCUCUGUCUCCAUCCUGUUAUCUCCCAUCUCCUUUGUCCCCACCCCUUUCUCUCUCUGUCUCCAUCCUGUUAUCUCCCCGUCUCCUUUGUCCCCACCCCUUUCUCUCUUCGUCUACAUCUGUUAUCUCCCCAUCUCCUUCUGUCCCCACCCCAUCUCUCUUCUGUCUCCAUCCUGUUAUCCCCUCUCCUCUGUCCCACCCUUUCCCUCUCUCUGUCUCCAUCUGUUAUCUCCCAUCUCCUUCGGUCCCAACCCCUUUCCCUCUCUUGUCUCCAUCAUGUUAUUCCCCAUCUCCUUCUGUCUCAUCCUGUUAUCUCCCAUCUCCUUCUGUCCCCACCCCUUUCUCUCUCUGUUCCAUCCUGUUAUCUCCCGUCUACUUAUGUCCCCAACCCCUUUCUCUUUCUUGUCUCCAUCUGUUAUCUCCCCAAUCUCCUUCUGUCCCCACCCCUUUCUCUCUCUCUGUCUCAAUCCUGUUAUCUCCCCUCUCCUUCUGUCCCCACCCUUUCCCUCUCUGUCUCCAUCCCGUUAUCUCCCCAUCUCCUUCUGUCCCCAACCCCUUUCCUCUCUCUGUCUCCAUCUGUUUUCUCCCCAUCUCCUUCUGUUUUCCAUCCUGUUAUUCCCCAUCUCCUUCUGUCCCCACCCCUUUCUCUCUCUCUGUCUCCAUCCUGUUAUCACCCCAUCUCCCUUUUGUCCCCACCCUUUUCUCUCUGUCUCCAUCCUGUUAUCUCACCCGUCUCCUUCUGUCCCACCCCUUUCUCUCUCUCGUCUCCAUCCUGUUAUCUCCCCAUCUCCUUCUGUCUCCAUCUGUUAUCUCCCCCUCUCCUUCUGUCCCACCCUUUCUCUCUCUCGUCUCCAUCCCGAUAUCUACCCAUCUCCUUCUGUCCCCACCCUUUCUCUCUCUCUGUCUCCAUCCUGUUAUCUCCCCAUCCUUCUGUCCCCACCCCUUUCUCUCUCUGUUCAAUCCUGUAUAUCCCCGUCUCCUUCUGUCCCACCCCUUUCUCUCUUCUGUCUCCAUCUGUUAUCUCCCCAUCUCUUCUGUCCCACCCCUUUCUCUCUCGUUCACAUCCUGUUAUCUCCCCCUCUCCUUCUGUCCCCACCCCUUUCCCUCUCUCUGUCUCCAUCCUGUUAUCUCCCCCAUCUCCUUCUGUCCCCACCCCUUUCCCUCUCUCUGUCUCCAUCCUGUUAUCUCCCCAUCUCCUUCUGUCUCCAUCCUGUUAUCUCCCCAUCUCCUUCUGUCCCCACCCCUUUCUCUCUCUCUGUCUCCAUCCUGUUAUCUCCCCAUCUCCUUCUGUCCCCACCCCUUUCUCUCUCUGUCUCCAUCCUGUUAUCUCCCCAUCUCCUUCUGUCCCCACCCCUUUUCUCUCUCUGUCUCCAUCCUGUUAUCUCCCCAUCUCCUUCUGUCCCCACCCCUUUCUCUCUCUGUCUCCAUCCUGUUAUCUUCCCAUCUCCUUCUGUCCCCACCCCUUUCUCUCUCUCUGUCUCCAUCCUGUUAUCUCCCCAUCUCCUUCUGUCCCCACCCCUUUCUAUCUCUCUGCAGGGGGACGUGUGUGCUCCUUCUCCCCGUGUAUUGAGCAGGUGCAGAAGACAUGUGAGGCGCUGGCUGAUGAGGGUUUCGAGGAGAUCAGCACUCUGGAGGUUCUGCUGAGGGUGCAUGACGUGCGCUCCAUCACACUCCCCCUGCCGGACUUUGGGUCCGACCGGCCCUUGGAGACCCCGACUGACACCCCAGUCCCUAGCAAUGCUUCUGUUCUCUGUAAGACAACCACGCCGCCCAGGGACAUGGCAGGGCAUACUGGCUACCUUACCUUCGCCACCAAACCCUCUGUGUAG